CAGUGAGGGCGGGCUGUCCCGGCUAGGUGAGGUUUAAUAUGGAGCGCGUCACACUGUCGCCCAGCAGACGCAUCGAUCAACAUGAUCCCCAUCGUGCUCGCCUCAGUGUUCAUCGCCAGCGCCCUAGGGUGCGGCAUCCCCCCCAUCGAGCCCCUCGCCCCCCACGUGGUCAACGGAGUAGAUGCCAGGCCCCAUAGCUGGCCUUGGCAGAUCUCCUUGCAGUAUGACAGGAACGGAGAGUGGAGACACACCUGCGGAGGUUCUCUGAUUGCUAGUAACUGGGUCAUGACCGCUGCUCACUGUAUCAACAACGACCUGUCCUACAGGGUGUUUGUUGGCAAGUACAAUCUUGUGGAGGAGGAGCCAAGCUCCAAUGCCAUUGUCCCUGAGAAGAUCAUCGUCCAUGAGAAGUGGAACCCCAUCUUUGUGUUUCUGGGAAAUGACAUCGCCCUGAUCAAGCUGUCCGAGCAUGUGACCGUGACAGACCAGGUGCAGCUUGGCUGUAUCCCUGCCGCAGAAACUGUCCUCAGCAACCAGUACCCCUGCUACAUCACUGGCUGGGGCAGGCUCUCCACCGGAGGUCCUAUUGCUGACAGGCUGCAGCAGGCUGUGAUGCCCGUUGUGGACCACGCCACCUGCUCCAAGUUUGACUGGUGGGGCAGCAUCCUCAGAACCACCAUGGUGUGCGCCGGUGGAGACGGCGUUGUCGGGGGCUGCAACGGCGACUCGGGAGGUCCCCUGAACUGCAGGAACGCUGACGGCGCCUGGGAGGUACACGGCGUGGCCAGCUUCGUGUCUGGCCUGGGCUGCAACUUCAUCAAGAAGCCCACCGUGUUCACCCGAGUGUCCGCCUUCAACGACUGGAUCGACCAGGCUAUGCUGAACAACUGAAGGAGGACAACGUCAUGGAUUUAAUCCAAAUAAAAGAGACCCCAGCAUAAGAGCACUGUGUUUCAUUUAUAAGUACAUCAACUGUGUACGUUUAUAUAUA